UGAAAAACAACACAGGCCUCACCAAAUUGAUCGUUUAUAUAGACUGGAAGUUAAAAUGAAACUGCUUGGACUUGGGGCGCAGGUUUUGAGGCUCAAAACUGGCGGGCAGAGUCGCUCUGCGAAAACUUGCCCACCGGAAGUUCGCCAGCCAUUGCCGUGCUGUCCCAAAAAACGCUUUUGGACUUUCAAGCGAGUAAUAUGUUUCUCGACGUUAACUUUUGGCGCCGGGGUGUAUACGGGAAUCUAUGUCUCACAGAACUAUGAGGUCCCCCGAGUGGAUGAUCCCCAGAAGUUGAUGCAGCGUUUCAACGAGAAACUCAAAGAACUAAUGGAUCAAACCAAGAACAAGUAACAGCCUUGGUAGUUUCGUACAAGGAUAACGUUACCUUCACUAAAUUCAAAAAAGUCAUAGAGCGACCUUUUAAUUAAAAUUGUAAAAAUUUUAUAAGUCGAACUUGUCAACUAAACCUGGAUUUUUUUUCGAUAUCUUAUAUUAAGCUUUCCACGCGCUUGUUUUACAAAUUCUGAAAAUAGGACAAAGUGCUGAAAAAAUGCGUGCGAAGUCGUGAUGAUAUCUUUCUACUGUGGUGAAUGAUGGCUUUUCCGAAUAAAAAUUUGUUGCCAGGUGCAACCAUGACGAAAUCAAUGCUAAAUAAGAUCAUAUUAUCAUUCUGUAUCUUAAUUAUUUUACUAUUUUCUUUAACAGAUCGCCCGGCGAGAAACUAGUGGAUGACAUCAAAAAGGAGGCCAAGAAGAUACUAGACGACUGACUGGCGGAAUAAGACCACAAUUUUAGUUUAAACCAAUUUAUCUAUGAUCAAAUAAAGAGAAUCUAUAUGUGU